UAGUUUACAGUUCAGUGCUCCUAAAGUUAAUGCCGUUAGAUGGCAGCAAAUAGCUACAAACAUAUCUCACUGUUUAUAGCGUUUAAGUUGCAUUUUUAGGCAGAGUUCCGUUUUGUGUGUCUCCAAGCUCGGCACCCUUUCAUGACUGCCUACUACAUAGGCUACAGACAUGUCUUCAAAGAUAAAGACAACAUAUGCUGCCCUGGAUGGUCUCAACUGAACGUAGAGGCAGGCUGCCUUAAACAUGAAGGAUUCCAGUACUGUCAUCCUGCUUGCUUCCAACCUCCAGCUUGCAUGUUUUGGACAGUUCCUCAAAAAAAAGAGAAAGUCAGAAAGGUGCAUUCUGGGCAACAACACCUGUUUUUGUGAAAGACACAGUGAAUGCGUAAUGGAUAUUGAUGAGUGCCAGGUACACAACGGAGGCUGCCAGCAUAGGUGCGUGGACACUAGAGGGUCAUACCACUGCGGGUGCAACCCAGGGUUCCGUCUUCACGUUGAUGGACGCACCUGCCUAGCUGUCCUCUCAUGCGCAGUGAAUAAUGGAGGAUGUGAACAGGUAUGUGUUCAGCUUUCCCCUGUUCACUUCCAGUGUCGCUGUAGACCAGGCUACCACCUCACCGCCGAUGGCAAGCGCUGCAGACUGAGGAACCCAUGUGCAGAGAUCAACGGCGGCUGCAUGCAUUUAUGUCACAGCGAUGGCGGUCAGGCUGUGUGUGGCUGUCGCCAAGGAUUCGCGCUGGCCUCGGAUCAGAGGAGUUGUCAAGAUGUGGAUGAGUGUGAAACCGGCAAGGCGGGUUGCGCUCAUAGUUGCCGAAACACGCCGGGUUCUUUCUCCUGUGUCUGCAGUCCUGGAUAUGAGCUGGGCUCUGAUAGCAGGAAAUGCUACCGUAUUGAAAUGGAGAUUGUUAACAGUUGUGAAUCUGAUAAUGGCGGCUGCUUACAUCACUGUCAGCACGGCACGACUGGACCCGUCUGCAGCUGUAAUCACGGUUAUCAGCUCGAUGAAGACCUCAAAACCUGUGUGGACCUGGAGGAAUGUGAGGAAGGGACAUCAUGCUGUGAGCAGGACUGCACAAACUAUCCCGGAGGGUAUGAGUGCUUCUGCAGGGCAGGAUACAGACUCAACUCAGAUGGCUGUGGCUGUGAUGAUGUGGAUGAGUGUCUGUCUGAUAAUGGAGGCUGUGAGCAAACGUGCCAGAACAUGGCCGGCUCUUAUCAAUGCUUCUGUCGCAUUGGAAACCGUCUGGCUGAGGAUAGACACUCAUGUAUUCCUCUGGACAGAACCGUUGAGGAAUUGUCUAGUCCAGUAGUGGUUGAAAGACCUCUAGUACAUCUCACACUUCUUCAGGACUACCCACAAUCCCUGGAGCGCUAUAAUGACUAUGAGGAAGAUGGCUUUGGGGAACUGCGGGCGGAGAGCACCAUCUCUGAGAAAUUUGUGUGUCUGAAUGGGACGUUUGGGCACGACUGCAGUCUGACAUGUGACGACUGUUCUAACGGAGGAUUGUGUUACGUGGAGAGAAACGGUUGUGACUGCCCUGAUGGUUGGACAGCGAUCAUCUGUAAUCAGACUUGUCCCGAGGGCACAUUCGGCAGGAACUGUUCCUUCACUUGUAAGUGUAAAAAUGGUGGUACCUGUGACCCGGUGAGUGGGAAAUGUCGCUGCCCACCUGGAGUCAGUGGAGACCUGUGCCAGGAUGGCUGCCCCAAGGGACUAUAUGGAAAGUAUUGCAACAAGAAAUGUAACUGUGCCCAUAAUGGACGCUGUCACCGUACAUAUGGAGCUUGUUUGUGUGAUCCAGGGCUGUACGGCAGGUUCUGUCACUUACCCUGCCCAAAGUGGUCCUACGGAUCUGGCUGCUCAUCAGAAUGUCAAUGCAUACAGCAAAACACACAGGAGUGCCACCGACGCCAUGGAACGUGCAUGUGCAAACCAGGCUAUCAGGGAAAGACCUGCAACCAAGAGUGUCAUGCUGGUUAUUACGGUCCAGGAUGUAAGUCAAAAUGCCAUUGUCCAGCAGGAGUGUCUUGUCAUCACGUGACAGGGCAAUGCCAGCGUCAAUGCCCAGCAGGUCUGCAUGGGGAAAACUGUGAGCAAGAGUGCCCUGUUGGACAGUAUGGAUCUGGAUGUUCACAGUCAUGUCAAUGUAAUGGAGCCCCAUGUGACUCUGUAACAGGACAGUGCCACUGUCCCGCCGGGCAGACUGGAAACCGCUGUGAGAAAGACUGUGAAGAGGGCCGUUGGGGUUUGGGAUGUGCUGAGCUGUGCCCUGUAUGUGACAACGGUGGAGCGUGUGACAGACAGAAUGGAACCUGUGUUUGUCUUCCGGGAUACAUGGGAAAUAUCUGUGAGAACGUUUGCCCAGCUGGAUACUUUGGCCUUGGAUGUCAGUUGCACUGCUCCUGUGAAAACGACGGCUAUUGCCAUCAUGUAACUGGUCUCUGUGUUUGCAAGGAUGGUUGGACAGGACCCAACUGCGGUAAAGCGUGUGAGGUGGGACGCUGGGGGCCAAACUGUGCCCACCUGUGUGAGUGCAGGAGCAGUGUUGGAAGCUGUGACCCUGUGAGUGGGCAGUGCCACUGUGAGGCGGGUAACAUGGGACCACACUGUGAACAAAAGUGUCCUGAGGGCUUCUUCGGCCAGGCCUGCCGCCACAGAUGCCAGUGUGAGAAUGACGCAGCUUGCGAGCAUGUGGGUGGAGCCUGUACUUGUUUACCAGGCUGGACUGGAACACACUGUGAAAAACCCUGUCCCGAGGGGUUUUAUGGUGUAGAGUGCCGGCAGAAGUGCCAGUGUUUAAAUGGUGGUCGUUGUCACCCCAUGACUGGAGACUGCCAGUGUCUAUCUGGCUGGGUCGGGCCCCUCUGUAACAAAGUGUGUGAAAUUGGCACAUAUGGUCCCGGCUGUGAUCUGACCUGCAGCUGCCAAAAUAAUGGCACCUGUGACCCUGCUGAUGGCCGCUGUGCGUGCGCAGCCGGGUGGAGAGGUCUCGGCUGUGAACAAGAAUGCCCAGCUGGCUUCUAUGGUGUUGGCUGUCACCAGCACUGUCUAUGUCAGAACGGCGGGUCAUGUGACCGAAUCAGUGGGCACUGCAUGUGUCAAAGCGGCUGGACUGGAGUCGCCUGUGAACUUGAAUGUGCUCCGGGACACUUUGGUAUAGACUGUCAGAACAAGUGUAAAUGUGAGAAUGGUGGCGUGUGUGACAGACAGAGUGGCAGGUGCUCGUGUCCGGCAGGCUGGAUCGGGCUCAGCUGUGAAAGGGCAUGUGGGGCAGGUUUGUACGGCCCAGGUUGUAAGGAGCGAUGCAGGUGUGAUCAUAACGCCCCAUGUCACCACAUCACCGGCAGCUGCAUGUGUCCAGCAGGCUGGAGAGGACCGCACUGUGAGAAAAUUUGUUUGCCUGGUUGGUACGGGAGGCGAUGCUCUCAACGCUGCCUCUGUCCUCGCGGCACUUCCUGUAAUCAUGCGACCGGGGAGUGUGGUUGCCCACCAGGCUUUACCGGAAACGGCUGUGAGCAAAGGUGUCACCCGGGCACAUUUGGACUGAACUGUAAUCAUGUGUGUCAGUGUUCACAGGUGAAUCAGCUCUGUCAUCCUGUAACCGGUGUGUGCUACUGUGCCCCGGGUUACCAUGGCAACAACUGUGAUGCAGAGUGCGAGGCAGGCCAUUAUGGUCCUAACUGUGAGAGGAAGUGCAAGUGUCUUAAUAACGGCGUGUGUAAGACCACCACUGGCACAUGUACCUGCCCACCAGGAUACAUCGGACCAAACUGCAAUAUCACUUGUCCAGCAGGGCGUUAUGGUCAAGACUGUGCACAGGUAGCAUUUUGUGGCGAAGGGGCCAGAAGUGACCCGGUCACAGGCAGAUGCUUGUGUAGAGCUGGCCAGCGAGGGGAGGACUGCAGAAAAGGCUGUGCGCAGGGCUGGUUCGGAGAGGACUGUGCUCAGCGCUGUAACUGCAGUAAUGGAGGAGCAUGUGAUGCAGUAACAGGGAACUGCACCUGCGGACUGGGCUGGACAGGCGACUGCUGUGAUAAAGAGUGUCCAAGAGGCAAAUAUGGGUCUGGAUGCCAGAAAGCGUGUGACUGUCAAAAUGAUGCUGCCUGUGACCGAGUUACCGGCGAGUGUCAUUGUCUUCCUGGUUACUACGGUCAUCUCUGUGAACACGUGUGCCCUCUCGGCUUUCAUGGACAUCGCUGCCAGCUUCUUUGUGAUUGCCGUGGCAACGUACCAUGUGACCCAAGCACUGGCCGCUGCGUGUGUCCUCCAGGUUACCAGGGACUCCGCUGUGAGAGAGAUUGUGAGCCGGGCAGAUUUGGGUCCAAUUGUGGUCAAAACUGUGACUGCGACAGAGGCUCACCGUGUGACCCUGUCAACGGCAGGUGUUCAUGUGCACCAGGGAAGAUGGGAUCUCGAUGUGAUAUAGACUGUGGAGUGAAUCGGUUCGGCCCAGAUUGCUCGGAGGGAUGCGAAUGUCACAACGGAGGUCAAUGCAAUCCGCGCAAUGGACACUGCACUUGUUUGAAUGGUUGGGUUGGACCAAGCUGCCAAGAAGCUCACAUCUAGAACAAGCAGAAACACAAAGACAUGGACUGGUCAUAGUCCAGCGUUUCAGUAUAGUAAUCUUACAGUUCAUACCCAGUUCGGACAAUACUGUAUGUGACAGUCCAACAAAAAAAAACCAAACAAGGAGACUGUUGCUGAAUGUUAACUGACUGGGCUUGAAUUUGUGAGUACACCUUUGGCUAAAAUUUUAGCCUUUUAUUUUUUUUAACCUACAGCGUACGAAGAGCCAUUAUUACUUAUGGACAAACUCUUGUGUCAAUUCAAAUGGAUUUGCAGGAAAAACUUCAUUAUUCUACUGGAAAAGUUGACAAUAAAGACAACAUGAAGAAUACUUAUAAUAUUGAAGCUCCUCCUGGAUGAGGAAAAAUACAGGUUUUUAAUGUUGUAAGCAUCAGUUCUGCUCAGGGAGAACCAGCAUCCUUUUUGGGUUUUGCUCAAAUACAGAUCAAAUGCAAAAUACUAGCCCAGAUCCCGGUUUCAUUUGACAAUAACAGGUCUUCCUAAAUGCAGAAGACUAAGAAAAUGAAGUGUUACUAAAAUGUAACCCUUUAUUCACCACCACUGGACUAGCUCACUCAAAAAUGAAACCUUGUCUAGUCAUUUACCUAAAUUGUCAUAUGGUGAGACGAAAUAAUUUUGCAGAAAUCCUGCAAUUGUUAGGUAUUUUUUUUUAAAUCUGUUAAAUGGUGAGUAUCUUACACCAUUCAGAAUAUCAAACCCAUUCUCUCUUUUUCAAUUUAUGUAGACUUUGAACACAACUAAACUGAUAUGCAAUAUUUGUGUUUUGACAAUUGUCCAUUUCUCAAGCAUUGUAAAUUGAACUAUUUCCUGUUGUUGAGUUUUAAAUCAAAAUAAUACGAAACUGGAGUUUCUUUAUAUAUAUGAAUGUUUUCUUGAGUACUGUAAAGAGAGUCCAUACAGAAUAAUUUUUGUACAGAUUCGUCUAUACAACUUUGCGAUGCGUAUCGAAUAUUUUUUGACAUUUGAUCUACAUUUACAGAAUUUAGACAAUACAACCUCAAAGGGGAAUGUUUGUUUCCAAUAUUACUGCAGAUGCGUCAGCACUUUUUCCCCAAAAAUAUUUUGUGCACUGUAAGGUUUCGUAACAGUUAACAUUUCCAUGACCAACACAGCAGAUUUUUUUUCAUUUGAUGAAAGCAUUGAAUUUUUAAAGAAUGUUUUUCCUACUGCAGUUAAAGAAAUCUUGGCCAUACCAUUCACUUUUCAUUAUAAAGAUGUGUUCAUGUAUUUUGCAGUUUGCACAUGUCUCUCAUGAUAAUUUUCAAGAAAUGUGAUUAUUUUUGGCAUUUGACUUGUUAGUUUUUUUAUGAUUUCAGAAGUAACAGGUAACUUUAUUUUUUACUAGUUUUCAGUAAAAGACAAAUGUUUUUCAUAAACGUAUUCGUUCGUGCAGUUUAAUAGUGUUAUCCAUACUGUUUAUUUUUGGACACAAUUAUACCUCCAAUAAAAAUAUAUUCCCCAUUAUCACUUUUAUAUGUAUCAAGGAUUAAAGACCAACAAUAAAUAAUUUAUUUUCUUUCA